GUUUGCGGUGGACAUAUUAUUGGCGAGAAAGGUACCAUUCAGAGUCCGCGAUAUCCAGAAAGUUACUCGCCCAAUUCAGAAUGCAAAUGGGUUGUUUUCGUUCCUGAAGGCUAUCAAGUUGCUUUGACAUUCCAAUUUUUUAAUCUUGAAACACACAAAGAUUGUAUUUAUGAUCGUUUGGAGAUUUACGAUGGUACGGGAAUUGAUCCAUCUGCGCUGCUUUUGAAGCUGUGUGGUCAGAUUGUGGUGAAAUCGGUUGUGUCGCAUUUUAACGCGGUAUUGUUGCGCUUUAUCUCCGAUAGCUCGUUUGUUUCGAACCUGGAAUAUGGAAGGAAUACGCAAUAUCUGAAGGUCCACUGUGAAAUAUUACCAGCCUUUCAAGUUGCAGAAGUGGACGAAUGCAAAUCGAACGCUCAUGGAUGUGAGCAUCGUUGCGUUAACACAAUCGGUGGUUAUGAAUGCGAGUGCAAUAUUGGCUAUUCACUUCGCCCUGAUGGAAAAACUUGCCAGAGUAGGGCUCUUUGUCAGCCUUUUGCAUUAGUUUUGGCACUAAAACGUAGCGCAUGCGGUGGUAUUAUAAAUGCAUCCAAUGGAACAUUUAGUAGUCCAAAUUUUCCGAUGAAUUAUCCGCCACUAAAAACCUGUGCUUGGCAAAUAGAAGCGGACGACAAAUACCGGAUUAUCAUCAAUUUCACUCAUUUUGACGUCGAAGGAAUGAAAUCAGCAUGCUCGUAUGAUUACGUGCUCAUCCACAAUGAUGAAACAACCGAAGAGCGUUACUGCGGUCGCUACAGCUCCCUCGUUUAUACAUCAACUACAAGUCGCAUCAAAGUUGUGUUCGUUUCUGAUAACACGAUUGAAAAAAGUGGUUUUUCGGCGUAUUUUAUCACAGAUCUUGAUGAAUGCAGCAAUAACAAUGCAGGCUGUCAGCAGCAUUGCACCAAUACCAUUGGUUCGUAUCGAUGCGAAUGUGAGAAUGGGUAUGUUUUGGCAGAUGACGGGCACAAUUGUAAGGAGGGAGGUUGUAAUUUGCAGCUCAAUGAUCCGGAAGGCGAAGUCACUUCACCAAAUUAUCCUUUGGAUUAUCCGAAAGGGAAGAAUUGCAAUUGGCAUUUUGUUACCACUCCUGGUCAUCGCCUUUCACUUUCGUUCGAAGAAUUCAUGCUCGAGGAGCACAAUACAUGCAAGUACGAUCACAUCGAGGUUUUCGACGGCGGUAGCGUAGAUGACGCAUCGCUGGGUGUUUUUUGCGGUAGCGAUACGCUUCCCAGUAUCCAGUCAUCUUCCAAUCAACUCCUGCUAACAAUGCUUACAGAUGGCAGCGUGGAUCGUCGUGGCUUCAAAGCGUUCUAUUCAUCAGUUUGUGGUGGUAAUUUGAAGGCAGAAGAAACAGUGGGUUUUAUUUAUUCGCAUGCUCGCUACAGUGAUGGCAAAUACGAGAAGAAAAUGAGAUGUGAAUGGCGAAUUCAAGCAGAGCCAGGCCAUGGUGUGAAUAUUUGCUUUGCGCAGUUUGAUUUGGAGCGUGAAAGGAAUUGUGAGUUCGAUUAUGUCGAGAUCUUCGAUGGAAGCGAGCGAAUUGAGAAAAACCGCCUUCCACCACCAUUUACAUCGACUGGAAGAAACAUGAUUUUGUUCUUGAAUACGGAUGAUUCGGAAGAACGGAAGGGUUUCGUUGUGGAAUAUCGAUCGAGUAGCCCGGGAACAUCAAUUUCCAGGACUUCAACAACUCGUCAGCCCCCACGAGAACCAAUUAUCAAUAACGAUUGAGU